AUGCAAUUAUCGAAAAACUUAGCUAUAGUAGUAUUAGCGUAUUGUACUUACACCUCAGCCAAUCCGGUAGGAACAUGCACAACUAAAUCCAAAAACAAGCAAGUUGCAUCAAUCGCAGGUAAACCCCAACCAAUCCCCGGUCAACCCAUCAAACCACCACCUCCCGCAAAACCAUCCCCAUCCCUUGCCCCAAAACCAAUUGUACCACCUCCAAAAUCAGCCACUCCAUCCCCAUUCAUCCCCCCACGACCAGCCCCCAAAAAGGAAAAAGUCGACGACAUUGACGUCCUAAUCCAAGCUCUUACCCAAUACAAACAACUCUAUCACACUUCCCACCAUAAGAGAGACCAAGUGGCAGAUUUCACCGCCAUGACUGAAUUCAUUGCCACUUCAGACAUCCCCGUUCUCGACUCCAUCUUGUCAAUAUUAAAUAGUUCCGGACUCGUGAAUUCGAUUAUUGAUUUGGUUUUACUUAAUCCCGAAUUGUUGGAUAUGACGAUUGAUACUACGAUUUGGAUCAUUCGGGAACGAUUAAUCAAUUUGACGGAUUUGUUUAUUGCCAUUCAGAAAUCGGGAUUGAUUAUUGAUAUUUUGAGAUUGAGUCUUGAGGAUCCUGAUAUCUUGCCCGGAUUAUUACGGAUUGGAAUGGAGUUGUUGAGACAAAGUGGGAUUAAUAUUUUUGGAAAACGUGAUUUUGAAUUCGAAGUUGAAUCUCCAUCUAGCUUUCCAGAAGAGAUUAGCAGUUCUAGUGCUGUUGUUGUUGAAUUAAACAAGCGUGAAUCAGAAUUACUCAAUUCCGUAUUUCAAUCCCUCCGAGACUCGGGACUUGCUGUUUCAGUUGUCCAACAUAUCCUCACCACUCCUGAACUCGCAGGCCCCAAUGCUCAUUUCUUAUUGGAAGUAUUGCGUUCCAAUUCAUUGCCAAUUGGUGAUUUAUUCCAAGCUUUGAAGGAGUCCAAUUUGAUUUGGAAUUUGUUGAGAGAUAUAUUGGGAGAUCCGAGUGUAUUGCGGGAAUUUGGAAGUAUUAUUGCUGAUCGGUUGUUGAAGGGGUUGAUUCCUAUUAAUAUAUUUGAGGCUGCUUCUGCUGGUGGUGAUGUUGGGACUGGGACUGGGACUGGGUCGGCUGCGGCGAUAUUUGAGGCUGCUUUGGGGGUGGUUGUUCCGGUUUCUGAUACGCCUGUGACUCCGGUGGGAACUACGACUGCUACUACUGCUGUUUAA